AUGUGCAGCCAGGACGACGCUGUCCCGUGGCUGCCCGUCGGCCUUGACGAGCUGACGGCUGUUGGAAUCUACCUGAUUGCCACCCUAAGGAUCCUGGAAGUUGCGAGUCUGGCCUAUGGGACCAAUAAGCUAAUCAGCCCGCUCGAUUCGCUUGAUGGCAUCGUAGAAUGUGCUGCUUUCCCCCGUGCUUCAAGACAGCUCGUCCAUCUUUGCCGGUCUAGAAGGUCAGACUGUACUUUCAGUGGCAUCAUCCAGACAAAUAGCGUAUACGUCAACAUUACCCAAUGGUUUAGGUUCCUUGAGGACACUUACCUCAAGGUAAAUGAAAAGCUUAGCUCUGGCAAGGAGAAACGCGUCGGCGGUGCCGACUGUAACAUUGGCCUGAAGAAUUAUGAUUAUCAAUCCCAUUAUUAA